CAGGAAAGAUGCUGGUGUACUACUUCAUAUUGUUACUUUGAAAACAGAGAAUAAACAAUUCUCUAUGACGCUUACAGAGAAGGAAAACGUUGCUAAAGCUUCAACUAGACAACUUGUUCCAAAUGGCGGCUAUGGUUGGAUUGUUGUCUUUGGAGGAUUUAUAGUUUUUAUGGUAUUCAUCGGUUUUAACUCAGCUAUUGGUUUAAUAUAUGUCGAAUUAACUGAAAACUGGGGCGUUGGGAAAGAAAAUCUACAAUGGAUAGGAUCAAUGCAAACUGGACUUGCCUGUUUAAUGGAUAAAAACUUUUUAUAGUUUUGAAACUAGGAAUUUUGAAGGGCCAGAUUUAAAUGAUUGGACCAUUUGUAUCAUCUGUUUCAAGUCUAUUCAGCUGUAGACGGAUAGUAAUAGUAGGUGGAUGUCUACAGUUUGUUGGAUACCUCCUAAGUGCUUUUGUUAGUACAGUUAACCUUCUCUAUGUAACACUGGGAAUUGUAGUAGGUAUAGGAAACGGUUUAACAAUAACGUCUUCACUGCUGAUAUUAAAUGAGUUCUUCGACAGGAAAUUACCUUUAGCUACUGGUAUUGUUUUAUCUGGAGCAGGAAUUGGAAAUAUAAUAUUCUCACCUCUAAUUGACUUCUGUCUCAAGAACUACGGGUACCAAGGAACUCUUAUGAUAUCUGCCGCAAUUGCAUUAAAUGUACAGAUAACAGCAGCAACAUUUUCUCAAAAGCGACCAAAACAAGGUCAAAUAUUUAGCUUUAGUAAACAACUGUCCGAUAUGAUGGAUAUUGACCUUCUAAAGACUCCAGCGUUUGCUUUUUGUAUUAUUACAAACACCUUGUCGUCAAUGGGGUUUUAUGUACCGUUUGCAUUUCUUCCAAACUCGGCGGCACAUUAUGGAAUUGAAGAGACCAAUAUUCCAUGGCUUAUAUCAAUGAUUGGUUGUUCAUCGUCAUUAGGCAGACCGUUUAUUGGAUGGAUGGCUGUAACGUUCUAUAGACAUAAAAUAGUGCUGUAUUCAUUCAUACUAACUGUCUGUGGAAUAUCUAUUUUAAUGAUGCAGAUUUGGAGAGAGUUUUAUUUUCUUGCUAUUGCAUGUGCCAUAUUUGGAGUUACCUCAGGAGGCACUGUGUGUUUGUCAACGAGUAUAUUACCUGAUAUAGUACUACCAAAAUCACUUUGUAAUAGUGUUGGUAUAACGUUACUUUUUCAAGGUCUCGGUAGUAUUAUUGGUACACCUGUUGCAGGUGGUCUAACAGAAAUGGUUAUGAAUGAUGGUAUAAUUUACAUAUACGGCGGUAGUACAUUCCUCUGUGCUGCUAUCACCCUGGUCCCAAUAAUUUAUAUAACUACCUCAGAAAAACAUAGGCAAAGAUUUAAUCAAAAAGCUCUGGUAACGGUCGAAUCCGAUUUACCAGAUAUCAUUAUUAACGUUGAUAGACGACAUUCCAUAACUGACACCGAAUGGAUUGUAAAUGUUUGAAUAUGCAACAAUAACACAGAAAAGAUCUGACUUUUAUGUUCGAAUAUUUUUUUAACUUACAAGUAUAUCAAUAUGACAACAGACUAGUAAAACCGUAUAUCGCCAUAAUGUUGUAGCUAGAAAGUUCUCGAACUCUCUACAGAUCAAAUGAUUGCUUGGCUCAGGUGUUAAUGUAUGUUGUUAGUUCUAUAACAGCAAGGUGGUUAUUUUAUUUAUUUAUCAGUUAUAUUUUGUUGAAUAAAAUUAGUUUUUAAUAAACGA